UUUCCAUCUGAGUCAUUACAGGAAGAGAAUCCGGCCUUUGUGCUAAGAGCUAUUGGAGACGCAGGCUUCGAGCAGCGGCCGAUUCCUAAACUGAGGGAUGCUUGGGAUGUCCGAGUUCACAUUGCUCAAACCGGGAUUUGCGGCUCGGAUCUGCACUAUUAUGACAAGGGAAGAAUCGGAGAUUUUGUCCUAACUACGCCCAUAAUUUUGGGUCAUGAGAGCUCAGGCACUGUUGUGGAAGUGGGUUCUGCUGUGAAAAAUCUCAAAGUUGGGACCCGUGUCGCGAUCGAGCCCGGUGUACCAUGUCGACACUGUAACUAUUGCCGCUCUGGAUCCUACAAUUUGUGCCCCGACACUGUCUUUGCUGCUACCCCACCAUGGGAUGGUACGCUCGCCAAGUAUUACAUAGUCGCGGCUGACUAUUGUGUUCCUCUUCCAGAUCAUAUGGACAUGGAGCAAGGAGCUCUAGUGGAACCGGUAGCUUGUGCUGUACAAAUGACUAAAGUAGGCAAUGUGCGAGCCAACCAAACCGUAGUCGUCUUCGGCUGUGGGCCCAUCGGCGUCCUCUGUCAGAAGGUCUCCAAGGUUUACGGCGCAAAGAAGGUGAUUGGAGUUGAUAUCAGCCAGGGGAGACUGGAUUUUGCAAAAAGCUACGGCGCCGAUGGUGUUUUCUUGCCUCCCAAGAAGCCAACUACUGCUAAGACCGACAAUGAGUGGAAUGAAGAGCUGGCCAGAAUGAUCAAGGAGCAGUUCGAUCUUGGUGAUGGUCCAGAUGUUGUGAUCGAGGCUACGGGUGCUGCAAGCUGCAUCUCAACUGGGGUUCAUUUGACCAAGAAAGGGGGCACCUAUGUUCAAGCAGGCAUGGGCCAGGAUAUCGUGGAGUUUCCAAUCACUGUCGCAUGCAUUCGCGAUCUCACGAUCCGUGGCUCCAUUCGCUAUACGACAGGCUGCUAUCCAACUGCCGUUGAUCUAGUCGCUAGCGGCAAGAUUGACGUGAGACCAUUGAUCACAAACCGAUUCAAGUUCGAAGACACAAAGGAUGCUUUUCAAUUGGUGCGAGAAAGAAAUGAGAAUGUCAUCAAAGUUUUAAUUGAGGGAGUUGUUUAG